GUUCAAGUUUCUCCUCCACCAUUCAUGCAUCUUCCCUCCCACCACCAUCACCACCAACACCCGAAACCUCUUAGCACCAAUCAAUUCCACCGAACCCCAAACCCAACACCCAAAAGACAGGAACAGAAAAUUAAGAGCAAGAACAAGCAAAAUGCCCCACAGCUCCCGCAAAAAACACCCCAACAACUCCGCGCAAGCGCAAAAACGACUCCAAAUCACCGACGCUACCGGCUGGACGCAUGUCACCACCGGCGGCAAAGCGCGCCGCUGUGUGCGCACCACCACCACCAACACCAACCAACAUUCCCAAUUACCACAAGAAGAAUCAAUCUUCUUCCACCCCGCCGAAGCCCCUCCAACCACUACCCUCGAAUCCCUUCAAUCGCAAUUCACCCAGAUCCAACGAACGUGGAAAGAUUCAUCCGCCUGCGAUGUAGUGGGGAAGACUUUACGCAAUAUCCUUCCGCAUACAACAGAUACAAAUACGAAUUCACCGAUAGAGAUCAAUAAUAAUAAUGAUAAUAAGAAGAAGAAUAAUGAUAAUGGAAUAGAUUCCAUAAUCUGCAUCGGUCUCGGCAGUCCGAGCGGGUUCCUCCGCGGAGGAUGGGUCGAUCGGCGACUAGUCUCGCUGUAUCAGUUGGCUGCGUUGGUGGAUGUUAUGGCUUCUAUCUCUUCUUCUUCCUCUCCAACAAUAAAAACCUACGCUCAAGACCCUGUCUUCAACACCCUCGACACAUCCCUCCUCUCUAGCCUCGAUAUAACCGUCCUCGAGUCCCCGCAUGCCUUCGAAAAAGUCACGUCUCGUACAUUCCUCUUCUGUCCUGGUGCGGAGCGCACACAUCUGGAGCAAAUGCUGGCCCUGGAUCCGGCGUUUCUGUUUGGGGGUCCGUUGGAGGAUGUCGAGUCGGAGGUGGUGAGUGCGUUUGUGAAGAGGAGGGGGUCGGUAAGGGUGCCGCUGUUUGAGGCGCAGGAGCAUGCGUUUUGGAAUAUGCGGGUUUACUAUCCGUUGGAGAGGGAGGGUGAGGUGUAGUAGUAUAUGAUAUGGGGUAGCGUCUAGAUAUGGUGGGUCGUGAUGAAGGUGGAUGACUGUGACAGUCAUCUGCUAACUACAAGC